CGCCGCUGUUGUUAAACGUCGCCGAAUCAGCGGACUAAACGGCGUGAAAUUUUGGCUCUAUCUCUCUCUCUCUCUGUCUUCUCCAGAACUCCCCGUCGCCGGCUCCGGUGCUCGGUUCAGGUAUGCUCUCCAAAACUCAAAUCAUCUCCUUUUACAUUCAAUACCUGAAAUCCACCGUUUGCCCUCGCACAAACCCUUAUCUUAGCCUCCAGAUCAGACCCAUUUCGAGCCUCAAAGUAGUUUGGCGAAAGGAUCUGAAGCUAGACGAAGCCAUUCAGAAUGAUAAGAAAUACAAGCUCUGCGCCCGGGUUGUGAAGGAGGUUCUUAAUGAACCGGGUCAUGUAAUCCCACUUCGAUACCUCGAGAAAAGGCGGGAGAGAUUGCGCCUCAAUGUGAAAGUCAAGACCUUUAUUGACAAAAACCCUGGUCUUUUUGAUACUUACUAUGAUCGUAUCCGACCCAAAUCCGAUCUUGUGCCGUUCUUGCGACCCAGCAUUAGGCUUCGAAAUUUUCUUGAAGAAGAGCAAAGGAUUUAUGCAGAAAAUGAACCCUUAAUCGUUUCAAAACUUUGCAAAUUGUUGAUGAUGUCGAAAAAUAAGGUUCUCAGUGUUGAUAAAUUGGUUCAUGUGAAGAGAGAAUUCGGGUUUCCGAAUGAUUUUUUGGUCAAUUUGGUGCCUAAGCACUCAAAUUACUUUAGGUUAACUGGGUUUCCCCGAGAGGGGAAAUCAUUUCUGGAGUUGGUUGAGUGGAAUCCAGAGUUUGCCAAAUCAGUAAUUGAAUGGACAGCUGAAGAGGAAUAUAGGUUAACUGGGAUUCGGGUUAGGCCUAAUUUUCACUAUAAUCUACCACGCGGGUUUUUACUUAGGAAGGAAAUGAGGGAGUGGGUUAGGGAUUGGUUAGAGAUGGAUUAUAUUUCUCCUUAUGAAGAUGUGUCACAUUUACACCAAGCUUCGCGUGAAAUGGAGAAGAGGACAGUAGGGGUUUUCCAUGAGUUGCUUUCUAUUUCACUACUUAAGAGGGUUCCGGUGCCAAUAUUGGGGAAGUUUACUGAGGACUAUAGGUUUUCUAAUGCCUUUUCAAGUGUUUUCACAAGGCAUUCUGGCAUAUUUUACAUGUCCUUGAAAGGUGGGAUAGAGACCGCAAUGCUAAGGGAGGCAUAUAAGGAUGGUCAGUUGAUUGAUCGUGAUCCAUUGCUGGUGAUAAAGGAUAAGUUUGUGGAGUUGUUGGAGGAGGGGUGGUGGGAGAGAGAAGAGCAGUUGAAGUUGCAAAGAAAGGAGGCUAAGAAAGACAUGGAGAUGACGGCAAUGAGAAACCAGUGUCUGGAUGAGCAGGGAUGAGCUGAGCAGUGAUGAACUGGAAGGAACUAUUGUUGGCAUGCCAAAUAAAUUCCUCCUAACAGGUAUACAAUAUCUGAUCAAGAGUUUAAGUAGUUGGCAAUGUCAAGCUGUAUAUUUUCUGUAAAGGAGUAGUCUAUUCUUGGGAGGUUGUAUUUGAGAUGUUUCUCUUUCUUGGGAGGUUGUGUUCGACAUGUUUCUCUAUUGAAUCAACUGUUGAGCAGCAUGAGAUUUUUGUCCUAGAGAUGUUGUGUCACUGAAUUUUGAGAGGCUUGCUUAUCCCAAUUCGACCCUUUUUUAACAUUUCUUGUUAAAGAUGCUUUGGAUUUCUUGGAGGACCUUUCAGUAAUU